CACACACAUGAAUGUUGUUGUUGCUGCUGUUUCUCAUUCAUCCAACUAAACUUGCGUUUUCCAUUUGCAUGAAUUAAAAACCCACAAACCUUUUCAGAGAAAUAACGACUCCUUUCAUUUUGAUCCAAUCGGGGGAAAUGCUUCUCUCUUCUUCUUGAUUUCGUGCUGACUGCUGAGCUUUCGGCGGCGGAGGAAUAUGCGCCGCCGAGCUGCCGCCGAGUUCCGGCGCCGUGUUCGGCGGAGGUUUUCUUAUUGGAUUUGGUUUCUCUUCGCCGCCUUCUCUCUUGCGGCUUUGCUUUUGUUCGUAGUGCAGCACAAUCAUCGCCAAGAUCAGUUUCAGCUUCCGCUAACGGAGAAGAAUGCCAGAGGUGAACUUGCAAAAGAGAGUAUGAAUUUUUCCAAUGAAAUUUUAAGUGCAACAUCCUUUUCACGACAGUUAGCAGAGCAAAUGGUUCUGGCCAAGGCAUAUGUGGUCAUUGCCAAAGCACACAAUAAUCAUCAUUUUGCCUGGCAGCUUAGUUCAAAGAUUAGAAUUUGCCAGCUUUUGCUUUCAAAAGCUGCCAUGACUGGGGAGCCCAUUACCUUGGACGAAGCUGAGCCAAUUAUUAAAAGCCUCUCUUCCCUGAUUUUCAAGGCACAAGAUGUCCAUUAUGACAUUGCUACCACUAUAGUAACAAUGAAGUCGCACAUUCAAGCUCUCGAAGAACGUGCCAAUGCUGUAACAGUUCAAAGCACAGUGUUUGCUCAAAUGUCAGCCGAAGCACUGCCAAAGAGUCUUCAUUGCCUAAAUGUGAAACUUAUGACUGAUUGGCUAAGGACAUUGUCCCUGCAAAAACACUCAAACGAGUGGAAAACUUCUCGUCUCAAGGACAACAGUUUAUAUCAUUUCUGCAUUUUUUCAGAUAAUGUGCUCGCAACAUCAGUUGUUGUUAACUCUACAGUUGUCAAUGCAGACCACCCAAAACAAUUGAUCUUUCACAUUGUCACCAAUGGUGUCAAUUAUGGAGCAAUGCAAGCAUGGUUCCUUAGUAAUGACUUUAAAGGGGCCAUCAUAGAGGUGCAGAAUUUUGAGGACUUUCAUUGGUUGAAUGAAAAUUAUUCUCCAAUUAUCAAACAGCUACACAAUCCAGAAUCUCAAGCCUUCUAUUUUGGAGCUUAUCAAGAUGUGAAUGUCGAAUCAAAAGUUCGGAACCCCAAGUAUUUGUCUGUACUUAAUCAUCUUCGGUUUUACAUCCCUGAGAUUUAUCCACAACUUGAGAAGGUUGUUUUCCUUGACGAUGAUGUCGUCGUCCAGAAGGACCUCACCAUACUUUUCUCACUGGAUUUGCAUGGAAAUGUGAAUGGUGCAGUUGAAACUUGUCUUGAAGCUUUUCAUCGGUACUACAAGUAUCUAAACUUCUCAAAUUCAAUUAUAAGCUCAAAGUUCGAUCCACAGGCAUGUGGAUGGGCAUUUGGCAUGAACAUUUUUGACUUGGUUGCAUGGAGGAAAGCAGAUGUGACAGCAAGAUAUCACUAUUGGCUGGAGCAAAAUGCCAAUGGCACACUCUGGAAGCUUGGCACGCUUCCUCCAGCUCUUCUAAGUUUCUAUGGUUUGACAGAACCACUUGAUAGAAGAUGGCAUGUUUUAGGAUUGGGUUAUGACUUAAAUAUUGACAACCGUCUAAUUGAAAGCGCGGCAGUUAUCCACUUCAAUGGGAACAUGAAGCCAUGGCUGAAGCUAGCUAUAGGCAGGUAUAAGCCACUGUGGCACAGGUACAUAAAUCAAAGUCACCCUCACCUUCUAGAUUGUGCCGGUAGUUAAAUUGCACUACAUCUAUUGACAAAAAAAAAAAAAAAAAAUUGCACUGCUUCUUGAUUGCUUAUGGCUUAUGCAACCUCAGAUUACUGUUGAACUAUUUAUUGAUCUUUGAUUGUGUUAGCCAUAACUGUAGAGUCAGAAGUAGAAAGUUUUUGACUUUUCUAGGAAUAUAUAUUUUUUUCGUUUGUCUUUUAUCUAUUGUUCACAGCUUAUUAAAUAGAAACGAAUGAUUUCUUAUACACUAAAAGUUUAAAGGUUUAGGUGGAGAGAUGUGGGGGAAUCCAAUUUUGGCUAGGUGAGGCUAUAUUUUCCCCUUUUGAUUUGUUAUGUAGUGAUUAUUGUGAUAAUUUAUAAGCUUUCAAAUAGUGAUGUAACUGUGGAAACAAUUGUUUCCCUUUCUUCUUUGUGAUGUCUUCUUUUUCUUACACAAUCAUUUGUUUUAUGCCUUAUAUCAAGCCAAUUGAUGAUUGU